UGCACCAUAAAAGGCCAUUUUCAAGUGAGUGAGAUUUUAGUCUAAUGUGUUUGGUUUAUUUUAUGUCUAUAGCACAUGGAUUGGUAAUUCCAAAGCCUUGAGUUUGCUUGUUUCAAGAGAAUCAUUUGCUCAUAAGACCAAAAUUUUACUGGGUUUCUUAGAGAUCCAGUCUUACAGAAGUGAAAGGGCUUUGAAAUGCUCAACUCCUGCUGGUUUUCAUCUUCUGUAGAUUGUUUUUGUUUUGUUCUUCUUUUUCUUCUUCAUUAGUCAUCAUCACAGAUCUUUUUAAGCUAUUUCAGGAUCUCUAAACAUGGGAAAACCAGCUAAAGUUCAGAGAUUUUCUUCACUGUUUUUGUCAAAACCUUCAUUUCUUUGUGUUGUGGUUGUGUUUCUUCUUCCUUCUCUGGUGUUCACUUAUUUGCAAGGCUCUAGCUUUUCCCAUUUUGUAGUUACAAUCCCAGUCCUGAUCCUCUCAACUUCUUUCCUUGUCACAUUCACCAAGAAGAAAAAGGAGAUAACCCUUUCGGAUAAUCAAGUUGAAGAUGAAAAUCCCAGAUGGGAUUUGGCCAGAGACCUUGUUGAGAAUGAGGCUGAGCAGAAACAGCAACAAGAGAUACAAAAUGUUGCAGCAGAAAAAGCUGCCAAAGAAAGUGAUCUUCUUGGCCUUAUUCAUGAGCCUGCAGAUUUUGUAUCAGAAAGUGAAAGUACUGAUGAAGAUAAUGACUCAACAUCGAGUGAAAAUCUUGAGCUUAAUUGGGUUCAUAAUGGAGAUCAAAAUGAAGUGAUGCUGAUGGAUUCAAGUGAUUCAGUCUCAGAAGAUGAUGAAAACGAAGAUGGCCUCAUUGAAAUUGCCAUUCCAAACUCAAAAUCUUCUGAUUUCUUGCCUGAAUCCAUCUUCAAUCAACAAGGCCGAAUGGAACUCUUGGCAGACAUCAAUGAGGUCAAUGAAGAAGAAAACUUGAUAGAAAUUGACAUUUCUGAGGGAUCCAUCAAGUGUUCAAGGUUUGAAAUUGAAGCAUAAAAUUUGAUCUCCUCAGCUAGCUAGGUUUAGCUUUAGCUUCUGUUUUUUUCCUAAAAGCUUGAUGCCUUUUUCUUUUUGUGCAACUUUUAAUACUCUUUUUCUUUUCAACAAACACUAUAAAAAGUAUCAAAGUUUGACUUCAUGUUGUGUUGUGGCAUGGUAAUAUUUUUU